GUGGAUUUUUGUACAGGCAAAUCCUUGGCCGAAACUGGCUGCUGGAUUGUGUUGCCCAUCUCUGAGUUUAGCCAGCUGUCACCUCACCUCGGCCUUAUAUGUCAUUUGUUUCGUCGUUAUUCUCAAGAAGGGAUUUGCUAGAAAGCCAAAAAUGCCCAAAGGAGGUAGGAAAGGUGGCCACAAGGGUCGCAUGCGGACUUACACCAGCCCGGAGGAGAUCGACGCCCAGAUGAAAGCGGAAAAGGAGAGAAAAAAGGAAGAAGAAGAGAACGGCGGUGCAGCUCAGAAUGACGCGCCGGAUGACAAGUUACAAGCAUCAGGGUCAGACGACAGUGACGAUGAAAGCUCCCAGAGGAAGAGAGCGGGCGUGGAGGGCUUGAUAGAAAUCGAGAACCCCAACAGAAUUGCUCAGAAGUCCAAGAAGGUGACGCAGAUCGAGCUGGAAGAGCCAAAGCAGUUGUCAAGGAGAGAGAGAGAGGAGCUCGAGAAGCAGAAAGCAAAGGAGCGCUACAUGAAGAUGCAUUUAGCGGGGAAGACGGACCAGGCCAAAGCUGAUCUCGCCCGCCUCGCCAUCGUCAGGAAACAGCGAGAGGAGGCAGCGAAAAAGAAAGAAGAGGAGAAAAAAGCAAAAGAAGCGAAAGAAGCGGCGGCGGUGGCGGCUAAAGGAUUAAACUCCCUCUCGCUAAAAUGAUGCAGAAUAUUUAUCAGAAGCAUUUUCCCACAUUUAUGGACUGAUGCAAUAUAAAUUUUGACUAUUUUUUAAAAAGAUGUACUAUGACGAGUAUUUCCCAUUACUGGCACGAAACAAUCUCUGCAUUGGUCCUUCUAAGAAGUAAAGCCGCAGCUGGGAAUACAACGGUUUUGGCAUACAAUUGGAAUAAGGCUAUGAUCUAGCUUGUACAUGAUAUUGACGCAGACGUAUUUAUCAUUGUACAAUGUCGAGUUAGCUUUUUGAGCUAUGGCACUAUGUUUCUUUUUGGAUUUUACACUGUACAUAACUGAGUCAUGGAAAUAUUUCUGAAUAUUACCAUAAAGCUGAAGAAACAUUUUAUUCAUGCUUUCAUUUGGAGUCAGCUAAUAUGACCAAAUGAUCUAUUAAUGAGUAACACCAAUAACAAAACAUAUAAAAAGAUGAAUGAAAUUCAAAAAGAGAUAUGUUUUCCAUGCAACUUGUCUUGGAAUGGUCACCCGUCAAUCACAUAGCACUUUUAAACAAUCAUUCAUACACC